AUGGCAGAGCUACCACGGCCGUUUCAGCCAGUCCUCGUUGCUGGUCCUUUUUUACGCACCCUCAACUUCCACCCAACAUCCCUAGCCCGCCCGCAUCCUCAACCAUCCUAUUUAGAACCUCAAACGCCGCUCCGCCAGCUGCCGACCGGACCCAAGGCCGCUCCCGCCAUGGACGAGUUCAACGGCCGUAUUUUCCCGUCCGUCGACGGCUUCCACGACAAGUAUUUCAAGGACAAGACAUGGUCUAUCCAAGCACACGAGUUCGCCGAUCAAGUGUCACGGAUGGUGACACCCUCAUCCAGUGAUACCUUCAAUGAGGAUGCGUGGGAUUCACAACCGGCGGUCACAAGAUGGUUCCAUCGGUUACAGAACUUAAUAGAACCCAACGCUCAGAGCGGCUUUCGUGUCCAACAGAUCCCAGGCUUACGUCAGGCUGAUAGGAUACGGCUUGAAGUUCUGCUAACACCUUGGAUUGGCCAGAUGGAUGUCCCGCCCGUUGCCCGCAUAUUCGGGGAAGUCGUGUUGGGAGACGAUGGCUUGGGAAAUCUUCUCCCGCCUCCGGGGAUCGGCCGCUUCUUCGAGCGCGGCCGAGACAUCUUCAAUUCGUGCCCGACCCGCCACUUUCUACACGGUUUCCGCAUCUAUAGCGGUGCGAUCGAGCUGUGGAUGUUUGACCGGUCCGGCGUGUACAGCAGCGGGCCUCUGAACUACCCGUACCAUCUGGCCAGAAUUAUGGCGGGCUACGCGAUGAUGGACCGUGACGAAGUCGGUUUUAGUCCGUUCGUGUUUACCGACGUGGACGAGACCCAGAGGCUCGGCUCCACGUACUUCGCAAUUGACGAGCUCAUUCCGGGGCGGAUAAGGUAUUAUGUUGAGGAUACCCUUUGCGAGCCGGCGCGUCUUUUUGGGCGGGGGACCAGCUGCUACCUGGCCUCUCGGUGCUUCCCCAGCCCAGACCACUCAGAUGCAGGUGGCGAACGUUCUGCGGAAAACGACAAAGAAGAAGAAGACGCUGUUGUCAAGUUUUCUUGGAGAUACGAGGAACAGCACAAAGAGCUAGUGCUGCUGCGGUUGGCACAAGAGCGUGGUGCCUGGGGUGUUCUUCGGGUGACGGACUGGCGGGAUCUCACGACGAUUCAGUCACUUCGUGGGGGGUUGCAAUUUAAAGAACCGCAUAGCAACCCAUUUGUGAACAAGACUUUGUCCUGCCUCGUCACGGAACCGCAUGGCCGACCUAUCUACCAAUUCCACAGCAUCUCGGAGCUCCUUGAAGCCUUUCAGGACCUCGUUCGCGCCCUUCAGUCCCUCUACCAAACCGCGGGCAUCCUCCAUCGGGAUAUCUCGCUCCGCAACGUCAUCAUCCCUGAUUACCCGCAUGAAGUAGACAACCUUUCCGGAAAAAAGGGGCUGUUAAUCGACCUCGACGUUGCACACGAUGUCUGGACGCAUCCGACCGUACCCAUGGUCGGGACGCCUGGGUUCGAGGCGAUUGGGGCCCUCCGCGGAGACGCAUUCACGUACCGGCACGAUCUGGAGUCGCUGUUCUAUGUAUUUCUGUGGAUUGCGGUCGGCCACAAUGCCGAGCGCGAGGACCCCUGGAGGGUGUUGGCCAAGCGAUCUCCGCCAAGCGUGCUGUUGGGAUGGUUUGAUAGUGACCUUCCUGGAGUGGCGGUUACAAAAAUGUCGUACAUGUCGGCGGAAGGGUUCGAGCUGGUCCUGGGGGAGUUUGCGCCGGAGUUUACGGAGUUGAAGGGGCUGGCGAGAGAGUUGCGUGGGAUUUUGUUUCCUGAGCGGGUGGGUCAGAUGUUUGUUGGAACGGAUAUGGGUGAAGAUCGUACAACAAUGCUGUAUGAUGCGAUGGCUGGGGCGUUUGAGCGGGCUAUUGCCGAGUUUCCAGAUUUUUGA